CGCAACCAACAACUCCGCUAAGGCUUUUGACAAAACCCAGAAAACCCUAGUUCUCUGUGAUAAGGAGGGAGUAAAGAAAGAGCUGAUAGCUCAAAAUGGUGCUGACAAUAUCAUCAAAUGCAGUUCAAUUGUCCCAUAAUACCUCUCUAAUUUCUCGACCCAAUUCUUAUAUCAAAAGUUCAAUUCCAGCUUCAAAUUUAUCGUUUUCUUUCCUCAGACAUGAAUCCAUCAGGCUUUCCAUAAAAUCUCGACUGAAUAAAAGGGUGGUCCGUGCUGCUUCUUCAGCUGCUGGAAGUUCUAGUUCCAGCAACGACUCAAAUCCUUAUGAGGUUCUGGGUGUAAGCCCUAUUGAGGGAUUUGACAUGGUUAAGGCAGCAUAUGCAAGAAGACGGAAGGAUGCCGAGCGGAGGGGUGAUGAAGCAGCUCUUGCUCAGUUGGAGAAGGCGUAUGACACGAUCAUGAUGUCACAGUUAACAAAAAGAAAGAAGGGUGUCACAUUUGGCUCGUUUAAGGUAUCUAAAGAGAUACGAUAUGCUGAUAAGCAGCCUAUUGUGCCAUGGGGUCCACGGUUCACCAAAUCUGAUGACAAAGAUAUGAAAAUCAACUUGGCAAUUUCAGCUGUAUUUAUAGCUUGGGUUCUUAUAAAGCGGAAUGCUGAGUGGAAGCCUUUACAGUUUCUGGCCUUCGUCUUUGUAUAUAGGAUAUUUGAGAAAUUAAAAGCAUUUGAGCCUCCAUCUCCCACUUUUACAGAGGAGGGCGAAGAUGAAGGACGGAUGUUGAGGAUGGGGAAAAGGCUGCUUCGUUCUCUUGCAUUGGUUUUUGGUUGUAUAGCCCUUGCAUCCUUGGGAUAUACUGGUCUCCUAAAUCUGAUCGAGUAUGCUAAUGGUUUCAUACCUGUCUUUCUGUACAACAAUCAGGUAAGGGAAGAUCUACCUUUUAACACUGCUGCAUGAACAAAAGGCUUCACA